AGCGGACUAUACUACGCAGGCUCGGACUCGCUGAGCCGGAAGCAGUUCUCUUAGGGCGUCUGACACGUAGCGUCUGAAGGAAGAGAGGUGCUGAGUGGGACCGGGCGUCGGAAGAGGGACCAUCGCCUCUCCGAAGGAGGCCCCGAAGGUUGCAAUGUCUGGGUUUGACAACUUCAAUACAGAUUUCUAUCAGACAAGUUAUAGCAUUGAUGACCAGUCACAGCAAUAUGGAGGAGACCAUGGAGGAGGAACAUACAGCAAACAAUAUGCUGGUUAUGAGUAUUCUCAGCAAGGUGGCUAUAUUCCCCCAGAGAUGAUGCCCCAACAGCAACCUUACACUGGUCAGAUUUUUCAGCCCACACCAACGUAUACUCCAUCCUCGCCACAGUCUUUUUAUGGAAGCAAUUUUGAAGAUGAACCACCUUUACUGGAAGAAUUAGGCAUCAAUUUUGAUCACAUCUGGCAGAAGACCCUAACAGUACUCCACCCACUGAAAGCAGCUGAUGGCAGUAUCAUGAAUGAAACAGACUUGGCAGGGCCCAUGGUCUUUUGCUUAGCCUUUGGUGCCACCUUAUUGCUGGCUGGCAAAAUUCAGUUUGGCUAUGUAUAUGGUAUUAGUGCGAUUGGGUGUUUAGGAAUGUUCUGCCUCCUCAACUUAAUGAGUAUGACGGGUGUUUCCUUCGGCUGCGUUGCUAGUGUCCUUGGAUACUGCCUCCUUCCUAUGAUUGUACUUUCUGGCUGCGCUAUUGUAUUUUCGUUACAGGGCCUGAUGGGAGUUAUACUUGCUGCUGCAAUUAUUGGAUGGUGUAGUUUUUCCGCUUCCAAAAUCUUCAUUUCAGCUUUAGCCAUGGAAGGACAGCAACUUCUAGUAGCGUAUCCCUGUGCUCUGUUAUACGGAGUCUUCGCCCUCAUUUCUGUGUUCUGAACAGACUGUCUUUAUUAUUGGACUCAAAUGGGCCAAACUAAAAGCCUUCACUUGGGACUGUUAAAACUGGGACCAGAGGGCAGCUGUUGGGUAGCUAUCAUGCAAAGUUAAUGCUUGAAUUGUCAUCUGGAGCAACAAAAAGUGUCUUGUGUUUAUUUUUUAUUGGACUUUUGAAUACGGUUUUGAAUGCACCUGUAAUGUCUAUAGUUUUAAUACAAGUUCAUGAUUAUACAUGUUAAAAAUGUAAAUUUUCCCUCAGUCCUAUAGCCUCCAACAAAAUAGUGUUAUUUUGAAAAAUUUUGUAGUUCAGAAGUUUUUUAUAGUUCAGAGUGAAAAUGAAACCAUGACCUCUACAAUUAUUUUUUCCAUACUUGCAUGCGACAACAGCCCUAAAUACAGUUUAAGAUAUCAAUUUCCUCUUUUUCUACCAGUUUAGCAAACCAGAAGACUUGUAUCAAUAAAAUCUAAUCUGAAAACAAAACAAAAUGUAUCCUACACAUUGAAACGUUUACAGCACCUGCAUAGAUUAAUGUUUACCGUAAAUAGUUCAAAAGGCUUCCCAGGCUCAGUUUUACAGUGUUUAAAUACUUCAUUUUGUAUGUAUUUUGUAAAUAGUUCUGUCAUCUUGUAUAAAUGUGUGAAUGAAGAUACUUGUUUUGAUGACAAAAAUUUGAGUCUUAACCAGAGUUCUCAAAUAACCUGAUUCGGGCAACACUUUUACAAAUACAGGCUAGUAUAAAAUAUAGAGAUUAAGCUGUCCCAGAAUGGGUUUUUGAAAAUGUUUAAUUUGAUUCUUAAAAUAUCUUCUCUGCAGUAUCAUCAAACCUUGAACAGUCACACUUUCAAAUAAAGAAUUGUUCCCAGUGAGCAAAUAUUGCAUGUAGAUAAUGGAAUACUAAAAUUGAAUGGCAUUUUGAAGAACCUUAAUUCAAAACCCACAAAACAGCAAUACAUUUAUUUCUCAUUUAAAUACAUCAUGCAAGUUUUUAAGGCUUCACUGUUGUCUUCAUUGGGAAGAGAUGUUAAGAAUCAUACAAGAGGGCAAACAGCAACGAUGUUAAUCACAGCCUAUAUUUCAUCUCAGAAUUCAAAAUUUUUAGUUUACAAUUGUCAUGUCUUGGAGUCAGUAUGGUUUUCUUUUUUUGUUGGAAGGGAGCAUCCACUGAGGAGUAUAAGUGAACCAGUGUAACUUAACUGUCGUCUUUGCCUGCAAGUACAUGAAUAUAUCAUUGGUUUUUCUUCUCCCCAUGCCACAGCUCAAUUCUCCAUGCAGUGUUUUCUUGUCACCUGGAGUUGCUGGGUAAACUCUUUAAUAAAUGUCUUGCAAGAACUUCA